AUCAUUAGGUCUUCAACUGGCAUCGUUCGAGACGAAGGAGAAGGCAGAUUCGAUAACGACUUAUCUAACAAACGCAGGUUACAACAAAUAUGACUUCUGGACAUCGGGUAAUAACCUCGGCACAGACAUGUUUUUGUGGAUGAGCACCGGUCUGCCAUUUAACGCGACAUUUAACUACAUGCGGAGACUGCCCAUCGAUGCUCCUGCCCAGCACGCUGAUGACAGCAUGGACCCUCUAGACGUACCACAAGGAAGCACUGCUCCACAACGCACCGCCCGACAUGGGACGGAACACGUCAUGACUAACGGCUGCAUCGCGCUCAAAGCUCCGACCUUCCACUGGGAGCCUCAACACUGCGGCGAGAUCAAGGACUUCAUAUGCGAGCAGACGCGUUGCUAUUACUACAACUACGGCUCGAUUCCCGUUUCAUCCGCGCAGGGAAAGCCGCUAUCGCUGACGACGACGACGACCGCCCACCCAAUCACGUCGUCCUCGCCACCGCCACCGCGCUCCGAGCACCUGCCUACCCACUUCAACCUUAAUAAUCUCAUCGGCAAGCUACGACCUUCUUCCCUUGACGGCCUCCAGUCUGCACACCUCAAGACUAGCGCCUUGUUCAAAUCCCCACCGCAAAUCGACUCCCACUAUUCGCGAGCUGCGGACGCUCAUUCCCGCGAUCACGACCAGGACCAGAAGGAAGAACCCACUCAGGGUCCGUACGAAGAUGAUGAGGGUAUGGUGGGAGACGAUCCGGCCGCGUAUCUGACUAACGAGGCUCACGACGCUCCCGUUGGAGACGAGAUCGCAUCGACUGCCGAGCCGGACGCCACCGAGCACUCCGUCCACGCCAGCGGCAUGUUGGCGCCCCCCGCUUAUUAAAGUCCGACUUGGUAGUUGUACGUUUUUAAAUUAUCGAUUAGCGACCGAGUUUAACAAGAGUAUUAUUCUACUAUAAGUGAUUUCAGUGCGAUUCCCGUUCAUAGCUUGCUUGUCGAAGAUUUGCUUUUGCACUUGGUACAUCGAUUAUCGUAAUGUAUAAAUGAGAUUUUAGGAUCGUAUUAGUAGUACUGUUAAGUAAGAUUAGCAUUUAAAAAAAAAAAACUAUGGUGAUUUCGUAGGUUAUAUGGGGCAAUAUUGUAAUACAGUUGAAGAUGCUGGCGACUCGUGUUAAACGACUUGCCUCCGUCUUCCGAAUACGGUGGAUAUCGCAAAAUAAAACGUUUCAUUAAAAUUAAGAUUAGUUUACGUACUAGAUUGAUCGUCAAUUCAUCGAUAUUUCAACAUGAACCGUAAUUUUAUGUAUUAUGUAAUUUAACAAUUAAAGUGCAUUUCUUCGGGACAUAUCAUUCGGAAUAGUGUUCUAAGGUAGUGUUUAUAGAAGUGACGUAAUUAGUUUAUCAUAAGUUAAAAAUCAAGAAUUUAACUGGUAGUGAUUUAGCGAAGUUAAUAAAGUUUGAAC